GAGGGAGUGAGCAGCCAUCAUGGCCACUUCAGAGCUGAGCUGCCAGCUGUCGGAGGAGAACUGUGAGCGCCGAGAGGCCUUCUGGGCGGAGUGGAAGGAUCUGACGCUGUCCACAAGGCCUGAGGAGGGUUGCUCCCUGCAUGAGGAGGAUGCCCAGCGCCAUGAGACCUACCACCGGCAGGGGCAGUGCCAGGCGCUGGUGCAGCGUUCCCCCUGGCUGGUGAUGCGGAUGGGCAUCCUCGGCCGUGGGCUGCAGGAAUACCAGCUGCCCUACCAGCGGGUGCUGCCUCUGCCCAUCUUCACUCCCGCCAAGGUGGGCGCCACCAAGGAGGAGCGCGAGGAGACACCCAUCCAGCUGCAGGAGCUGCUGGCACUGGAAACAGCCCUGGGAGGCCAGUGUGUGGACCGCCAGGACGUGGCCGAGAUCACCAAGCAGCUGCCUCCCGUGGUGCCUGUCAGCAAGCCCGGCACCCUUCGUCGCUCCCUGUCUCGCUCCAUGUCUCAGGAAGCACAGAGAGGCUGAGAGGGACUGUGACUUGGGCUCCACUGUGCCUGCCCUGGGCUGGGCCCUUCCUGGCUAGGACCAUGGAGGGGAGCUGCUGGUCACGGAUGCUUCGUAGUUUG